AGGUGUUUGGUUUUCAAGCACCCCAGCUUCGACCUUUUUAAAGCACCCAAACAGCACUCGUGUGUGAAGACCGCCGGAGACCAAAAGCAAAGCUCGCAGAGACCGGCGACUUUGGGGCAGAACGCGCGGCGACCACGCUGCCAUGACGGAUUGGAUCAGCCGCGUCGAGGAGUGGCUUCGACACCUGGCAGAGCGCCUGGCGAGCGAGCUGUCCUGGAGUCGCCUGGUGGCGCUGGGGGCCUGUGGCCUCGCAGGGCAGAUCUUGUGGUCGCACUACGGCAUUUUGUGGCAUAAGCGGCUGCCAUAUCACGACCUGGGUCCGCCCAUCAUAGGACAUACGAGGAAGGUCUUUCAGGAGUCCUUGGAGAACUGGGGUCAGCGUAUCAUGAAAGGCAAGCCGGUGUUGCUCGCGAACUACCUCUUCACCAAUACCGUGGUCAUCCGCCAUGAGAUCUACAUGAAGCACGUCCACCGGGCCGAGCUCGACGGUAAGCUGUGCCCUCUCUUCCCCAGCAGCAUUCGGGCAAUCAUCGGUGAGAACAGCGUGAUUUCCUUACCGGGAGGCAAAGGCCACAGCAAGCACAAGCGGCUUCGCGGCAAGCUGCUGCGAUGCUUAGGGCCGCAGUAUGUGCUUUCCUUGGCCAAAGAGAUGGAGAGCUACAUCCGCGCCACCCUUGAGGACUUGGCGGAGGAGACCAGCACGAAAGGUUUUGGGACCUUUGAGCCUGCAGCAGGGCACUUGGCACAGAAGAUCUCCAUCCUGCCGAUUUUGGCCGGCUUGGAGGAGGAUCAGCAGAGACGCUUCGAGUCCUUGCUCGAAGUCACCAUGGCCGGCAUGCUGGCUGCGCCGGUGAAUCUUGGGGUUUGGCUAGCCCAUGGACGCGCCUUGCGAGCGCGCAAGGAGAUUAGCACCAUGAUCGCCCAGUUGAUGGCCUCCCCCAAGCUGGACGGUCAAAACAUCGUGGCUGAGUUGAUGAAAGAUUCCGACGACGGCGAGGCCUUUUCCAAAGAAGAGAUCUCCGACACCGUGGUGACGCUGCUCUUCGCGGGCAAGAUCACCACCGCGGACGCCUUGCCGUUUCUCCUGGUGCAGCUGGCCGAGCACAGGGAAUGCAUCCCACAACUGGCCAGCGAGCCCUUGGAAGUCUCCAAUAUUGAGGGCGACUCGGUGGCGCUGCGCGUGGUGCGCGAGGCGCUGCGGCUGAAGCCGCCGGCGGGGGCCUUUCGAAGGGUGAAUUGGCACUCGGAGAUGGACCUUGGAGAGUAUGGCGUGGUGCCCAAGGGUUGUCCCAUGGCCAUCUACCUCUCUCUGCCGAUGAUAGAGAUGGGGCCAUGGGCGCCCGAUCGCUGGCGCACAGAGGACGUGCGGAGUAAGUUUCUGGCCUUCGGCGGAGCACAGCCGCACGAGUGUAUUGGAAAGCACCUGGCCUUGCUGGAGCUCCAACUCUUCGUGAAGAUCUUGUGCAAAGAUUACGACUUCAAAGUCUUAGACACCGGAACCGUCGUCAAGCCCUUUUCCUUGAGCUACAAGGAUGGCUUGCGGGUUGAGAUCACUCGAAAGUGAGAGGGUUUUCAGGCGCAGGAAAAGGCAGAGCACCGGAGCACCGCCACUGCGCGAGUGGAGGCCGCACUCGCGUGUUGUUGGGCUCUGGGCUCUUAGUUUUUGGCCUUCUCCGAUCGGUUUACAGUUCUAGGGAUCUUCCAGUUGCAGCCCUCGUGGGCGCACUCCUUCGCGCCCAGCGUUUGGCUUUGCAGCGGCCGACGUCUGAGAAGGCGUCGGUCCGGGUCGGGUCCGGGGGUUGAGAAAUGUUGAG